AUGGGCAGCGGCACAGCAGUGCUAGAGCCGACCUAUCACGGGUAUGUGGCCACCACACAGGAUGCGCUGAUUCUAUUCGAGGCCUGCUUGACUGGUGUGCUUCCCCAUGUCCCGCGACGGCCACACGACCGCGAGCGCAGUCACCUCGUCCGUAGCGGGAGUGUAUUUAUUUAUGAAGAGAAUACUUCUGGCAUCAAACGAUGGACAGAUGGCGUGACCUGGAGCCCAAGUCGCAUUCUCGGCAAUUUUCUGGUCUAUCGUGAACUCGACAAGCCCUUCCCGCCGGGCGAGAAGAAGCGUGCAAUGAAGAAGGGAAACCGGCGGCCCGUUCAGUCAGCUCGUCCUGGAGACCCCUAUCCUCGGUCAGAUAGUAGUGGCCCGUCCUAUUCACCCACCACGCCAUCAUCAAACUUUGGGGGAGAUCGCCCACAGCAGUCCGAUCUUGAGCGAGCCUUGGUGGGCUCUCUCGUGGAUUCCUAUGGCUUCAAAGAUUCUGGGCUUGUCAAGAAAACUAUGAGCGUUACCGUGGCCGGCGUCACGCAUCAUUUGGUGUCUUAUUACAGUGUGGAGGAUGUUAUGAAGGGUCUUUUAAGCCCACCAUCAAUGCACGACGAGUUGCGUUACAUUCGCCCUCGCGGAGAGUUGAUUUCGAAACAGAGUUUCCGCGCUCCAAUCGACGACGUUGACACGGGAUUGGAGAGUGCAAACGAUACUGCACAGGCUCUGUAUGGGUAUCGGACAACCAUGAUGCCUACGCCAAGUUAUGGAAUGCAGAAUCCACACUCAUAUGAUUACAUGCACGGUUCGCCGUAUGCCUCGCACCCGACCCAUGCAACCCCGAUUUCAACAUAUCCCAGCGGACCUUUAGCUCCCCAGUCCGGAACGAAUCCAUAUCUACCUACCCCUACUAGCGCCUCGCAAAUGUCUGUUAAGACCGAGCCGGAUCACAGUUCCUAUCGUAGCGGAUCGUACGGUGCAGCCUUCGACGCUCUUAACCAAAACCAUCUGCCUGCAACUUUAACCCCUGCCUUGUCAAACACCUCUGGCAUGUCUAACUCAUUGGAUCGGAGCCGUAACCAGCAAUCCACGAGCCCCGGAAUUUAUCGAAACACCCCGCUUUCUUCUCGCGCAGAUGUCGCAUCUCCAAACGAGCCACACACGUCGACUACAGCAUACUCGCGAAAUGCAUACGGAAUGCCAGGACCGUUGGAUACUACACAUCAUCAGUCAUUUGAAGCGCGUAACAUCCCGACGACUUCCUUUGACACCACUAUUCAACGCCGAGAUCCAGCAGCCAUACCAUCAUUCUACACGGGUGGUGCUGAUCGACAGAGCUACUAUACUGGGGUGACUCAUUCGAACUAUCCAACAGCGCAACCGAUUUCUGCCUGGACCACCACCGCGCCAGCUCAUCCUCAGAUGUGA